UGUGCGUGGUAAAUGUCGCAUCAGGUGUUUGGACAUGCAAGCAAAAGCUGCUGAGUGAGCCGUGGGUGAGAGCUGCAAGCAAAGAGUUGUCAAGUUUUACUGGAGGACAUCAUCGCGCAGUGCGGGCGAUGCCGUGAUGGCAAGCGCAGAGGACGACAUCUCGAGGCAGGCGGAUGAGGUGGAAGCCAUGUCGUCUAUCUACGGGGAUGAGUGGUGUACCCUGGACGAGGCUGCGCGCUCGUUCUGCAUCAGCGUCGGGAACGGGCAGGACCCGCCGCGGCGCCUCUCCGUCUCGCUGCAGAUGACGCUUCCUGCAGAUUACCCAGGGCAGGCACCUCCAAGCUACCAGCUCAACGGGCCCUGGCUCACCAGGGAAGAUAAGAGGACCCUCUCUGCCCGCCUGGAGGAAAUAUACAGCCAGAAUCUGGGAGAGAGCGUGCUCUUUCUGUGGGUGGAGUGCAUUCGAGAGUUUGUGGCUGAUGCUUCUGAGCGCUCCCAGCCCGCGUGGAACACGUAUCGAGCCAAUCAGACGGAAGAAGACUCCGAUUUGGUGGAAGAAAUGCUACCCACAAUUCUGAACGAGGAAACCCUGAGGUCACGUGACCUCGAGGCAUCGGAUGAAUUCACAGGAGACGAAGUGCCACCCAUUGUCCACGGCGAGACCAUCACCGACCGGCGGAGCACCUUCCAGGCCCACGUGGCUCCAGUCGUCACCACCAAGCAGGUCAAGCUGGUGUUACGGAAGCUGCUUGAGAAUAAGAAGCUUGCCAGCGCUACUCACAACAUCAUGGCGUACAGGAUCGACUGCCCCGGGAAGCACGCUUUCCUGCAGGACUGCGACGACGAUGGCGAGACGGCAGCCGGAGGGCGGCUGCUGCACCUGCUGCAGAUUCUGGACGUGCGGGACGCGGUGGUGGUGGUGUCGCGAUGGUAUGGCGGAGUCAUGCUGGGACCCGACCGCUUCAAACACAUCAACAACUGUGCGCGUGGUGUGCUGGUGGAAAACGGAUUUGUGCAAACAGCGCAGCCGCAGCGGCUUCAGUGGCCGCUUGCAUCUCCGGAGCCGCAGGUUGCCGACCCCUGGUCGAGAGGCCGAUGCGGGACAGGCAACGCUUUCCACACCACGCCACGCAAGCGAUUGUGGUCCUCAUCGCUUUCUUCUCCGUUGCGAACGACAGGUCAUACCCCCCGAGGGCGACGUUGCCAAGGAUACUGCAAAGCCCAAGAAGCAUAAAGCAAAGAAAUGCAAGCAGUAGUUGUAAGGAUUCUACAACCUAAUAAUAAUUAUAAUAAAAAAAAACAUUCACCUAAAUUUGUUUUAUUGCGUUUCGAUCUCUUUUAAUGCGGCAGACUUAUUGCUUGUUGAGUAAAGUCUGAAUAAUUCACAACAACUGUUUUGGUUAUUUCAUUUUUAUUAUGGUAACUCUUAACUGUUAAAUUCUACCUCUUUCACGAGUGAGAUGUUUUGAUGAACAGCAAGAGGCUGCAAUAUAAUUCAACGUGGCUUUGACAAAUACUGUACUAUGUCACAUUUUCAUUUCAUGUCGGGGUUUUAUUUAAUUUGUGAAAUAAAGACAUCAUCAACAAUUACGGUACAUUUUUUUUCUUCGGAUAUUGAUGGUAUUAGGAAGCCACUGGACCUUUUCAAUGUAAAUUGAAAAUUAAUUUCCCGAGAUGCAUUGCUCCGUCAGUGCUUCAUUCUGCUCUGGCUAUGCCAUCAUCAUCUUCACGUGAAUCAGUUGCCAUCAUGAUACAAAUUUGUUGUGUUUUCUUUUAAAGUGUCCUUCAAAAUUGUAUAUUUUUGCUCUGCGAAACUGCUGCACUGGAUACGUUUGUUGUUGUAAUAUAGUUCAUAUAAUUUGCUUUUUUGCGAUGACUCUCAUCAUGACCGACUCUUAUAAUGUUCCCAGCAAUAACAUCGUCUCGCAUUUAUAUUGUGCCUUUAUUUCUCAAAUCCAAUUACCAGAAAACUUUAGAUUUCGUUGUGAGAAUGUUUUUUUCUCUUUUGUAAUCUGGUAGUAUGUGGUCCAAAAUGUUCUAAAUACAGCUCGCCUGCAUGCUUGGCCUCUAGACUACCAAUUAUUUUUGUCUCAUUUUUAUCUCCGAGAUCAACUUAGAUACACGUGAUUGGCUCAUAGAUCUGUAAUUAUUCAAACCAGUUUUGGGUACCCCCUUCAACUGAUGAUCCUUUGCUCUUGUACGUUUAAUUAUUGAUUGCAAAAAUAUAUCUAUCUCUUAUUGUGCAGUGGUUUAAUCCAGACGUCCUGUUCACACCCAGUGAUGAACACAU